CUCGUCGCAAAAACACCGUAUGACCGAUUGUACGAUAUAUUAUAUCCAAAAAUGCUUUGCUCACCGAACGGGCCUUUAAUUAAAGUCAACCAUUCUCACAAUACCAUUGGGCUGGAAUCUACUUAGACAUCAGUGUGUAUGGCUAUAAAAAUAGUAAGCCCAUUAAAUAAGUAAAAGUGCCCGGCUUGGCCCGCAUGUAGAAAUCCAACAUGUCAGUUCCUCAUUGCUCGGUAAGCUAUGGCAACACGUCAUAUUUAGGGCUUGUUUGGAAUCCAAAAUUGUUCUUCUUCUUGUUCUUUGGCAUUGUCAGUCACUCUGGUGCUGACUCGGAAGUCUUCUCUCCCUCCCAGAACGAACACAAUAUGUCUGGAAAACUAGGACUUGUCAUUGUAAUGGCAUUAGCGAUCGCGUCGAUCGGCGAAGCUUCGAUCUUCAGGCCGAUCUCCGACGCUCAUCGAUCCGCUGCGGAAGAGCUCUUCACUCUCUCCGAUGGAUCCUUUGGGAGCUUAGAAGAAACUUAUGAGGCUCUGAGAACGUUUGAGGUCCUUGGAAUUGAGAAAAAGUCCGUGAUUAGGGCUUCUACCUGCAAGUCAAUUGGUGAUGUCCUCUCGGCUUCUUCUUCUUCCCAUUUGAAGGAUUUGUUUCAAGCAUUGAGGGUUAAUGGAAUAUUGAAGUGUGAGCUGAAUGAUGAUGCUAUUGCACACACUGCCUCAACACUGACCAAAGCUGUAAAUAAUGCCAAAUCACUUCUGGACUUCUACUAUUCGAUUGGUGGUUUAGUGCUUAUCAAGGAUCAAAAUCCUGAAGUUGAAGUUCAUCUUAAGGACGCUAAACAACUUUUCCAUUCUAUCAAGGCCCUUAGCCAAAGUGAUGGAAGGUGGCGUUAUAUUUCCAAUAACCCUGAUGCUAGCUCUUAUGCAGCAGGAAUGGCACUCAAGACCCUGGCUGGUGUUAUUUCUCUAGCAUCUUCUGAGAUUGAGCAUUCUCUAAUUGAUAUGUUGAAAAAUGAUAUAUCAAAGCUUUUUGACCAUAUUGAGAAAUACGAUGAUGGGGCCUAUUAUUUUGAUGAGAAACUUGAUGUAUACAGACACAAUGGUCCUCUUUCAGCUUCGUCAUCAAUAGUCCAUGGUAUCACAGCUUUAGCAACAGCGACACAUGAAAGUUUAAAUAUUCCCGGUGAAAAGAUAUUGGGAUUAGCAAAGUUUUUCCUGGGUAUUGGGAUCCCAGGAAAUGAAAAGGAUUUAUUCUACCAGAUUGAUGCACUUGCCUGCUUGGAAGACAAUAGGGUUUAUAUUCCUUUGAUUCUGUCACUACCCACUACUGUGCUGUCAUUGACUAGUAAAGACCAGCUAAAGGUACAUGUAAACACCGUGUUGGGAUCUUCUGCGCCUCCACUGUCAGUACGAUUCAAGCAAUUCUUGGUCUCCGGCUCAAGGGAUGCUUCCUUAGUUGAUCAGGAUCUCAAGUUUGAUUCGGAAAAUGAUGUACAUAUUUUGGAUGCUCUGCCAGAAAGCAUUGAUGUUGGGAGUUACAUUUUCAGUUUUGAUAUUGUUCUUCAUGAUCCAGAGCAUAAGAAAAUCUAUGCUACAGGUGGAAGAAGCAAAGUAACUUUAUAUGUCACAGGAGUAAUCGCAGCUGACCAUGCGGAGAUUGCUAUUCUCGACAGUGAUCUUGAGAACGUGGAAACAAAAAAAAUGCUGAAUUUUGCUGGGGAGAAUUCUGCCUCUCUACAGGCUAACCACCUUCAGAAACUUCGGCUAGCCUUUCAGUUGACCACUCCUCUUGGACAUGCUUUUAAACCACACCAGGCAUUCCUCAAGUUGAGACACGAGAGCAGUGUCGAACAUAUCUUUGUGGUUGGGAGCUCUGGAAAGCAAUUUGAGAUAAUUCUAGAUUUUCUUGGACUUGUCGAGAAGCUUUUCUAUCUAUCAGGCAGAUAUGAUAUUCAACUGACUGUUGGUGAUGCUGUUAUGGAAAACUCUUUCUUGCAAUCACUGGGCUAUGUUGAAUUGGAUCUUCCUGAGGCUCCUGAGAAGGCGGCCCGACCUCUGCAGCCCAUUGACUCUUCCACAAACUAUGGACCCAAAGCAGAAAUAUCUCACAUAUUCAGAGUCCCAGAGAAACAGCCUCCUAGAGAGCUUUCUCUUGCAUUUUUGGCAUUAGUCCUUUUGCCCUUCUUUGGGUUUUUGAUUGGGCUUUUGAGGUUACGAGUGAACCUGAAGAACUUCCCAUCUGCUCCUGUUCCUGCUAUGUUUGCUGCUCUUUUUCAUGUUGGCAUUGCAGCUGUUCUCGCACUCUAUCUGCUCUUCUGGCUGAAGUUGAAUCUGUUCACCACAUUGAAAGCUUUGGGAGUGUUGGGAAUCUUCUUGAUGUUUGUUGGACACUCGACCCUCUCUCACUUGGCUUCAACAUCGGCCAAGCUAAAAUCCGCGUAACCCAACCUGUGAGACAGUUGGAUUUUGUAGGGCAUAUAUGCUAUAUCACCAACCCCCCCCCCCCAUCCAAGAGGAUGACAAAUUUUCACACAAGCAGGGUAUUGAGAACAUUUGAGUUAAUGCAUCAGAAUAUAUCCUUUUUUUUCAAUUGAACCAUUUGAUGGGAGUCAUCUUUUGCAUGUUUGGUUACAAGCUAAAGAAAACUAGGAAAGGUUGCACACAAUGCAUUAUCCAUGAGUUAGAUCAUUUGAGACACCUUUCCAGGUUUUCUUUAGCUUUUAAUCCCCAAGAUUUAAGGAUAUUUUUCCCCAAAUCAAAGUGAUUUAGUUGGUGCUUAAGGCUGGUAUAGAUACUCAAUGUAAUAGUCUGAGUGGAAUGAAAGUUAACUAAUCAGAACUUUAAGUUUGUG